ACAUUUCAAGGGCCUGUUGUGUGUAGCUAUCCUCUCAAGAACCUGGUCAUAAUGCCUUGCCUGGUUAUUGAUUAACAGCCAAGAAGACUUAACAUGUCCAGAGAACCCGGGGCCUUUGUAUACACAGUCAGGCUGUUCACACAAACUAAGGUGUGGUCAUGGCCGUUUAUUGCAAGGAGUAAAGAGAGAAUGGACUGAGUUAGAGGGAGAGAGAAUAAGAAGAAGGGACGUCAAAUCAGUGUUCAAAAUCAGCAGUUGAACUAAUCCAAGGUAAAUCUGGUGAAGGUAAAAGAUUUGAUAAUAUCUCAUCGGAACAUUGAAAGUGGUGUCGACAUGAACAAUAACCAGACAUCAGGUCCCCAGUAUGUGAACUAUGGAUUUCAAGAGGGGGCCGGAACUGAGGGAAGAGCCUCUGCAAAUGCUUCUGCCCCGCAGAUGCCCAACACCCCCCUCUCUAUUUACCCUCAGUACACCCCUCAGACCAUCAACACCCACCACACGUUCACCCCUGGAUUACCACAUCCUGUCCCAGUACGAAAAGUGGUGAAGAAAAGUCACUGUAAAUGUAUUGUGGCCUUAAUUCUAAGUGUCUUAGUUCUCCUUGGGGCAGCUGGAGCGUUGGUUUGGUAUUUCUUGUCCUACCAGUGUGUGUUGGGGAGGUCCUGUAUCGAGGGAGGUGUGUGUCUGAAUGCCUCUCAGUGGUGUGAUGGCAUCAGAGACUGUCCAGGAGGAGAAGAUGAGUCACAGUGCCUACGCCUUCAUGGGUCUGGUUUUGUGCUGCAGAGUUACUCAUCAGACAGUCAGAUGUGGAAGCCAGUGUGUGCUGAUAACUGGAAUGACAACAUUGGCAGGGCCACCUGUCAGCAGAUUGGAUACAGCAGUGGGUCCUAUGUUCGGUUCUCACAAAGAAACCCAGGCUCCUUGGCCGUUGAUGGCUACAUGAAGCUGUCAGGCUUUGACCCUCAUUCCCUUCUACAGGGGCAGCUAACCAGCAGUCCCUACUGCUCAUUACAAGCAGUCUCCCUGCAGUGUAUUGACUGUGGUGUGAGUGUCGCGCCCACUAGGAGCCGUAUUGUAGGAGGCGACAUAGCGGUGAGCGGGGCUUGGCCCUGGCAAGUCAGUCUGCACUCCAACUACCAGCACCAGUGUGGAGGCUCCAUCAUCAGCCCUGAGUGGAUCAUCACUGCAGCCCACUGUGUAGAAACGCUAUCACAGCCCAGUCAGUGGACGGUGUAUGCUGGCUAUUUGAUCCAGAUACAGAUGGCUUAUGCCACUGGCAAUUCAGUGAGACGCAUCAUCUCUCACGAAAAAUACGACAAGCAGACUAAGGAUAAUGACAUCGCUCUUAUGAAACUCAACACACCCCUCACUAUGUCAGAUAAGGUGAGACCAGUGUGUCUGCCCAACUUCGGAGUGAAUCUGACUCCCCAGCGAGAAGCCUGGAUCUCUGGAUGGGGGUCCAUUAGGAGUGGUGGGUUGGUGUCAGAAAACCUGCGUCAGGCCCGGAUCACCAUGUACAGCAGACACACAUGUAACGCACAGUUGGUGUACAAUGGACGUGUCACCACCUCUAUGAUCUGUGCUGGGACACUGGCAGGAGGAGUGGACUCAUGUCAGGGGGAUAGUGGAGGACCCAUGGUGGCCAAGGAGGGUUCAUUAUGGUGGCUGGUAGGGGACACUAGCUGGGGUAUAGGUUGUGCUCUGAAGAACAAGCCAGGAAUCUACGGCAAUGUCUCCCACUUCCUUCCCUGGAUAUAUGAACAAAUGCAGAAAAAUUGAUGGAGAUACCAAUGAUGAUGGCCUCUUUUGCUUAUCAAAUUCACCUGUCUGAAAUGUGGCUUCUGAAUAAAUGACACGUACACUGCUUUCAGGGAUGAUUUUUGGUGCCUGUUGACUUAUAGGCAAAGGGUGGCUACAUUGAAGAAUCUAAAAUAUAUUUUGAUUGUUUAACACUUUUUUGGUUACUACAUGAUUCCAUAUGUGUUAUUUCAUAGUUUUGAUGUCUUCACUAUUAAUGUACAAUGUAGAAAAUAGUAAAAAUAAAGAAAAACCCUUGAAUGAG